CGGUGUGUGCUUCGGUGCCACUUAACGAUAGCCAUGGCCACCGUCAGAGAGUAUACCGAUUCGUUUUCUUCAACUUAAUUUUUCACGUUUCACCCAAUUCUGCUCCUCGUGACUAUUCUCGGAACGGCGGGCAUUGACCAAAGUAUGCAGAUGUGUGGUUCUCCUCAAUUUUCUGGUGGCAUUCAUUGCUGCGUGGCAGCAGGCUGGCUGCGGAGUCUGAAGUAGCCGCCGCUCGCUCGCGCAGCUGAGGAAAACAGAAGCGGUCGGCCACAGAGCGCUCGAGACCCCAGCUCGCAGCCGCCCCAGCAUCUCCUCAGCACUGGCUCCACUUCAAAUAACACCCUUUAGACCUCCGGAGAUCGCUCCGUGUCGAGUGUAUUCGGAGGCUGCGUCCGCAUCAGCACUCGUCCAUGGUGAAACAACGAUAACGCCGACCAGCGCGAUCCUCCAAAACUGGGGUUUUAACCACCGCUCGUGCGACGACAGCUGUCACCGGAGAAAGGAAAGUGAUCCAUCAAAUGCGUGCGCGGAUGAGGCAGGUUUCCGCUGGAUUUAGCCCAUCCGACCGUCCGUCAAAUGGGCGAAGUUAGGACCAACGCCACGACAUUGGAUUACCGUAUUAUGCGAUAUGCAUUUUUGAGAACUGCGGUGUUCCUUCACUGGAGAGAGGCUAGCUAGCUCAGUUAGCCGGCUAGCUGGCUAAGUGAUCCAAAGUGUGACGUUCUCUACCCCCUCCAGUAUUUUGGACAUGAAGAAAAUAAUUCGCUACUCAUAGGGUCGGAAGAAUGUCAUCAGAGGAUAAGACUGUGGACCCCUCUGACCAAGGACCCUCACCGACGUCAAGCAGUGGAGGGGCCACAUCCACAGGAAGUCCUGCCCACGCAGACAAGCGCCCCCGUGGCAGGCCUCGCAAGGAUGCUGCUGCUGGCACUCUCCUGCCGUCACCACCCUUAUCCACAUCCAAGACCAGGAAGAAGGGUCGCACCAGAGGGAGGUUUGCUGCGGAUGAGGAGGACAGUAUGGAUGGGACGGAGAUAGCAGAGUCCAUAGGUCCUCAGGACACGGAGAUGGAGGCCCAGCUGGCGGAGACUGUGGAGCUGGUGACCAGCGAGGGGCCAGAGGAGGACAGGCCCUCGUCCCCCAUGGUGGCGAGCCCUGUGGCCGGCCAAUCAGCAGGACCAUCUGUCGCAGCCAGUGGAGAACUCAAAAGCAGCGAACGUCUCUGUGCCUUCUGUUGCUGUGGCGGCCGCAGCCUUCUGGGUCAGGGGGAUCUGCGAGUGUUCAGCGUGGCGCCCGAGCUCUGCGUUCCCCACCACCGCCGCAGAGACGGAGAAGGAGGAGGUGAAGUAGGCGGAGCAGCAGCUGAAGGAGGAGGAGGAGGAGGAGAAAGCUCCACGGGGGACGGCAGUGAACACGACAACAGUACUCCGGCUCCCCAGGCCACCUCAGGACAGAGGGACAAGCUGAAUGGAUCCGAGAGGCACGACGAAGGAACAGACCCGGCCAGCCGCUUCUGGGACGAGCUGUCUCACGUCGGCUUCCCCCAAGACCCGGACGUCCGAUCUCUUUUUGCGUCGGGGCAGUGCUGGGCCCACCAGAGCUGCGGGUUGUGGUCGGAGGGGGUUUGCCAGGGCGAGGGACAAUCUCUGCAGAACGUGGACAGAGCCGUUGACUCAGGGAGCACAAAGCACUGUGCAUACUGUAAGCGCCUUGGAGCCUCCAUAAAGUGCUGUGCGGAAGGAUGUGCUCAACUCUACCAUUACCCCUGUGCCGGGGCGGCUGGGACCCAUCAGGACAUCAGGAGCCUGUCCUUACUCUGUCCAGAACACGUCCAGCUUGCCAUCCACAGAUUUGCGGACGAGGUGAACUGUGUGUUGUGCGACAGCCCCGGGGACCUCCAGGACCAGCUCUUCUGCACCAGCUGCGGCCUGCACUACCACGGGAUGUGUCUGGAUAUGGCCGUGACCCCGUUGAGGAGGGCAGGCUGGCAGUGCCCCGAAUGCAAAGUCUGCCAGACGUGCAAGAAUCCUGGGGAGGACACCAAGAUGCUGGUGUGUGACAUGUGCGACAAAGGCUACCACACCUUCUGCCUACAACCUGCCAUGGAUUCUCUUCCCACCAACGGCUGGAGAUGCAAGAACUGCAGGGUGUGUGUGCAGUGUGGAACGAGGACCAGCGGCCAGUGGCACCACACCAGCCUGCUGUGCGAGAACUGCGUGCAGCAUCAGGACCCCAACCUGUGCUGCCCGCUGUGCGCCUGCGUCCUGGACCCGGAGCACCACAAAGACCUGCUUUCAUGUCACCUCUGUAAAAGAUGGCUACACCUGGAGUGUGAGCGUCAGAACUCAGGCCAGGCAGGCGUCCACCCCAGGGAGGACUACGCCUGCUCCAGCUGCAGGCCCCCUGCUGCAGACAUGGACGUCGGCCCGGAGCCCAGCCCGCAGCCCGCCUCAACGCACAUAAACCCUGAGAGCGGCCCGCAACCAGCCCACAAGCACACGGACCUCCCGUCGGACGCCGCGCCCUCGGCGGCGCCGCCUCCGCCGCCACCGCCGCCGCCGCCGCCUCCGGACAUGCACAAUGACCCCGAACCGGAAUUACUCUCUGUCCCGUCGCACUCAGAUCCAACGCCUGUCAAGGCCGCCGUCCAGGAGGAGAGGCCGCCGUCGGACGCCACGACGCCCGAUGCUGCAGCAGGUGCCAGCGUCAUCGGGGCGCAGGCCUCUGAGUCCCCCGUCCAGGAAAACCCCACGGAGGUCCAGACAGUGAAACAUCCAGCAGUGGCGUCCCCCAUGACCGAACCCUCGUCCACGGACAGCCCUGCCUCGCCACGGUCCACCAGCCCAAAGCCCCGGGCUCUCCCGGCCCAGCUGCCCCUGCAGGAGGUGCCUGCACAGGAGAGCUCACCACCCACCACCCCCACCAAGCCAGCAAACUCAGAACGCUCCCCCGAGGAGAGCGCCCUACAACCCAACAAGGAUACCAAGGCCAUCACCUCGCCCACCAAAGAACAAAGUCCCCCGGUGUCUCCGGACGCCUCGGACGAACCCAUGGAGGUGUCCCCGUCGCAGCCUUCGGGCGGGGAGGGGGACCGGGGGGCCGCGGCCCCGGAGAGGACUCAGACGGACCCUCACCGAGAGAGCUCGGUGGGGACCUCGGGGUCGCCGGGCUCCAGCGCGGUGGAGGAGGAGGAGAUGGACACCACCCCGGAGAGCAUUCCCAACACGGGGCCGUCCUCGGAGGAGAAGGCUCUGGAGCCGCUGGGCGAGACGGCCUCGUCUCCCGCCCUCUCCUCUCCCCUGGCUCCGGGGACCUCGCCCAGAGAGCCUCCUCUGACCCAGGGCCUCCCUCCCCUGGGGGACCAUAGCAGUGUUCAACCCACCACCGCCACAACUACCCUCAUACCCUUCACCCCCAAGAUCGGCAUGGGGAAGCCAGCAAUCACCAAGAGAAAGUUCUCGCCCGGGAGACCCAGAGUGAAGCAGGGUGCAUGGAGCCCCCAUAGCAGUGUGAGCUCUGCCUCGCCCUGGUCUCCAGACCAGCCUGAGGGGUGGGACUUCCCAAAGACCAGGCAGCCUCCAGGCAGCCCCGGCUGGAGCAUCAGAGUGGGCCGCGGCUCGGGCUUCCCAGGCAGGAGGAGGCCCAGGGGGGCGGGGCUGUCGGGUAGAGGGGGGCGUGGUAGGGCCAGGGGCAAGAGCGGCGCUAGUCCCUCCAUCCACCCCGGGCUCACAGCAAUGGAGUCGCAGUACCCCGUCAAGGAGGAAGAGGAGAACGCCAUGCACAACACCGUCGUCAUUUUCUCGAGCAACGACAGUUUCACAUUAAAACAGGACAUGUGCGUUGUGUGUGGGAGCUUCGGGCUGGGCGCGGAGGGCCGCCUGCUGGCCUGUGCGCAGUGCGGCCAGUGUUACCAUCCCUUCUGCGUUGGCAUCAAGAUCACCAAGGUGGUGUUGAGCAAAGGCUGGCGCUGUCUGGAGUGCAGCGUGUGUGAGGCGUGCGGCCAGGCGACGGACCCCGGCCGCCUGUUGCUCUGUGACGACUGCGACAUCAGCUACCACACGUACUGCCUGGACCCCCCGCUGCAGAACGUGCCCAAGGACAGCUGGAAGUGCAAGUGGUGCGUGUCGUGCACCCAGUGUGGCGCCACGUCUCCCGGCCUGCGCUGUGAAUGGCAGAAUAAUUACACGCGGUGUGCCCCGUGCGCCAGCCUGACCGCGUGCCCCAUCUGCCUGCUGGACUACAGCGAGGGAGCCAUCAUAGUGCAGUGCCGCCAGUGCGACAGAUGGCUCCAUGCCUCUUGUCAGGGUCUCCACUCGGAGGAGGAUGUGGAGAAAGCCGCCGAUAGCAGUUUUGACUGCACAAUGUGCCGAGCUUUCAAGACCACAAAGGCAGUGGCAGGCAAGGCCAGAGACUGCAUUGAGCCGGCAGUUAUGACGCAGAUUGUGACAAAGGCAAAAGAACUGGACCUGGCGAGGACCUACACCCAGGACGGCGUGUGUCUGACGGAGUCGGGGCUGUGCCAGCUGCAGAGUCUGUCGGCCGCCGCGUCCCGCCGCCGGAAGCCCAAGCCCAAGCUCAAGCUGAAGAUCAUCAACCAGAACAGCGUGGCGGUGCUGCAGACCCCCGUGGACCCCCUGUCGGAGCUCUCCCGUGACGAAGACAUAGAAGACACCCGAGAGGCGGAGCUCCUCGACUGCGAGGCCAAGUCUGACUCCAGCCUGGAGCGCGAGCCCAUGGAGGAGGACUCCAAGGGGGCGGACAGCAGCAAGAAGAGGAAGAGGAAGCCGUACCGGCCGGGCAUCGGGGGCUUCAUGGUGCGUCAGAGGAGCCGACCGGGACAGGGCCCGGGCAAGACCAAGCGCUCGCUGUGCCGGAAGGACUCCUCCGGCUCUGUGUCGGAGCUCCAGCCUGUGAAGGAUGAGGCGGGCUGGACGGAGGCCCUGCCGGACACGCCCGUGGACGAGACCCCUCCAGGCCCAGAGGUCCCGGAGAAGAUCAAGAAGCGCUACCGGAAGAAGAAGACCAAGCUGGAGGAGGCCUUCCCCGCAUACCUGCAGGAGGCCUUCUUUGGCAAGGACCUGCUGGACAAGAGCAAGCAGAGCAGGCAGCAGGCCGCGGGCCCCACGGGCCUGCUGGAGGACGGACAGGGCCAGGGCGACGGCAAGCCCCCCCGCGGGGCCAACAGCAGCAGCUUCCUGGACCCCUCGUCCGACCCCCUGCUGAGUGCCUCGGCAGCACCCCUGACCUCCAGGCCGCCGGGAGCACAGACCCGUGAGGAACCCUUAGUUGAUCUGUGUGAGGUGUUGAACACCGACGCAGACAUCUUGGGGAUGCUGGGGAGGCCAAGCAUUGACUCGGGUCUUGAUUUUUGCCCCUUCCAGGUGGAAGGCUCCCCUCCUCCUUUUGCUGGUCUGGACAUCAGGCCCUUGUCCAACAGCAGCCUGGUGGCCCCCCACAUCCACUCUGGCCGCCGGACGCCCCGAGCCCUCCAAGACGAGCCCCUGGACGGCAUCCUGAGUCCGGAGCUUGACAAGAUGGAUGAGUCGAUUCUCAGCAAACUGUACAAAAUUCCAGAGCUGGAGGGGAAGGAUGUAGAGGACCUCUUCACUGCAGUCCUCAGCCCCACCAGCAGCCAACCAACACCACAGAUGCCUCACCCCCCGGGCCAUGGGCCCCUCCCCGCCACGCCAGGCCCCAGUGCACCUCACCCCAACGCAGGGAAUCCCAUGUUUGUACGAAUGCCCAUGAUGAAUGGUAUGAUGGGACCAAGCCAAAGGUUUCCUACAAAUCCAGGAGGCCCCUGCAUUCCCGACAACUUCUCCCCCCUCCACCGUAUGCCUUUCACUGACAAUCCAAGAGAUAGAAAGUUCAAUCAGAUGCCUCGAGAGGCGGGUCCAUGGGGCUCUCCAGCCCAGAGCCAGGGCCCCACUCCGCCAGGAUCCCUUCACGAGGGGGAGUCUGAAGCCAUGUCCAAUGCCCAAAGGAGCACACUGAAGUGGGAGAAGGAGGAGACCCUUGGGGAGCUGGCCACAGUGGCACCCGUUCUCUAUACCAAUGUCAAUUUCCCCAAUCUCAAGGAAGAGUUCCCAGACUGGUCGACAAGAGUCAAGCAAAUAGCAAAACUGUGGAGGAAAGCUAGUUCGCAGGACAGGGCUCCCUAUGUGCAAAAGGCGAGAGACAACCGAGCAGCCCUGCGCAUCAACAAGGUGCAGAUGUCCAAUGACACGGUGAAGAGGCACCCGCCACAGCCGCAGCCCCCCGAGGUGUUUGACCCCAACUUACCACUAGACACAGAACUGCUCUUUAAAGACCCUUUGAAACCCAAAGAGUCAGAGCAUGAGCAAGAGUGGAAGUUUAGACAGCAAAUGAGGCAGAAGAGCAAACAGCAAGCCAAGAUCGAAGCCACCCAGAAACUGGAGCAAGUGAAGAACGAGCAGCUCCAGCAACAGCAACAGCAGCAGUCGGGCAGCCAGUCCGAGGGCGACGGCAACAACAGCGGCAACCAGAGCCCUGCCUCGCAGCCCAGCAACGGCAGCAUGUCCCCCAUGCAGCCGCUCAACUCUAAAGACGGAUUUGCCCGGCCCCAGCUCCCGGGGACCCCGACCUCGGGGACCCCCGAGGACGUCUUCCUGCGGCCCCCACCACCGCCUCCGUCAGGGCCGUCCUCGCAGCCCCAGUCACCGCAGGUGUUCUCGCCGGGCUCCUCUGGCUCCAGACCCUCCUCCCCCUGGGACCCGUAUGCCAAGAUGGUGGGUACGCCCAGGCCGCCCAACCUGGGGACCAACGCCUGCCGCCGGAUCCCCAUGGAGUCCGGGAAGUCGCCGACCUCUCACAUGGAGCCGCAGGACCGAGGGAGACCCUCCCCCGCUCACGAGGCCUUUGGCUCGCCCACGUCUGUGAACCAUGACCCCUACGCCAAGCCCCCGGAUACCCCCAGGCCAGCGGGGGACAUGGACCCGUUCCUGAAGCCCAUGGGACCUCCCAGGCCCAGCCAGAUGGCCCAGGGGAGACCGCCCAUGGGCUCUCCAGGUAGAGAUCCUUACUCCAGACCCAUGAUCCGGAACGAGGCCUAUCAGCGCAUGGCCCAAAACAGAAUGAUCCUGUCCGACCCUUACUCGCGGCCCCUGCUGGCGCCCAUGCCCGGCAGCAACGAAUCCGGCUCAGGCGGGCUGUUCAAAGCCCCCAUGCCUCCCCCUCAGGCUCAGGACCCCUUUAACCGACCAGGCCUACACCCCGCGGACAGAUUUGCUCCGAGUCAGCAGAACGAUCCCUAUGCCCAGCCUCCGCACACCCCCAGACCUUCUGGCGGGGAUCAGUCCUUCACCAGCCCUCCUAGAAUGGGCCAGCACCACAUGCAGGGCCAUCCGUUUGCGCAGCCCGGACCAAUGGCGCACCUCUCCCGAAACCCUUACGCCCACGCACCUUCGACGCCCCGGCCCGACCACUACACGUACGACCCCUUCGCUCAGUCGCCCGGUCCCAACAAACCAGCCGGGGACCCUUACUCGCAACCACCGGGCACGCCUCGACCCAGCAUGGACGGAAACGGCCAGUCUCGGCCCUUCUUUGAAGGGUUCGCACGGCCGCCUGGCACGCCGCGCCCGCACGACAACUACGGCCAGUCGGGCACCAUGGCCAGCCCGUCCUCUGACCCGUACUCUCCGGUCACCUCCCGCUCGGCCGGGAUGAACCAGUUCGUCCAUCAGUCUCACCCGUCGCAAAAGAUGUCUCCUUCUCACGCCAUGGACCCCUAUGCCCAGGCCCCGAGCACUCCGCGACCCAGCAUGGGCGAGAGGUUCCCCAAAUCCCCCGGUGGCCAGAGAUUGCCCAUGGACAUGUACCCUACCAACCCCGGACAGCAAAGGCCAGGGGUCGGCGAAAUGUUUCCCCAACCCGGGGUGCAGAGGACUAUGAUGAACGACAUCUACGCCCAACCGCCCGGAACCCCGCGCUCCCUCCUGGGUCCCGAUGGGAUGAACCGGCCGCGGCAGGGGCCGAUGGGAAACCACCAGGACCCUUUCUCCCCACCUCAAGGCAGGAUGCAGGAGUCCUUCCAGCAUCCGGGCUCCCAAACACCGAAACAUCCCAGCCUUCAAGAAGACUGCUUUUCCCAGGCGCCGUCGCAAAGACCCAAUCAGACCCCUGUCCACGACCCAUUCCAACAGGGCCCAAUGACUCCUAGACCGCUGCCGACAGAGAGAAUGGAGAUGAAGGAUCAGGCUAUCGCUGGAAACGGUGGACCCGGAGCCCAGGAGGCGGGCCACAUGCACCCCCAUCUGCAGAUGCAAGGCUCUGAGGUUCAGAGUGUUCCUCUGGCUGACAGCGAGGAACGGCUUAGACAGCGGCAGCGUAUUCGAGAAUUGCUGCUCAAACAGCAGCAGCAGAGGAGUAUCAUUCGGCAAGAGCGCGGCCCCCACGACUCGACCGGCGGCAUGCCCCCCGGAGCGCCGCGACCGUGGCCACAGGAGGGUCUCGGGCAGCCGGGCGAGAUGUUCAACAGACCCCCUCCACCCUAUCCAGGACAGGGGCCGAUGAGAGGACCGAUGAGAUACCCAGGGCCUUUCCCAGGAGAUCACCGUGGCCCUUUCCCCAAUGAGGGCCAGAUGGCCAGGGGCAUGCAUCCCGGGGAUCCUAAUAUGAGACACCAAGGGCCAAGGUUUGCAUUUCCACAAGGUGGGCCUGGGUCACACGGAGGUCAAGAAUUCUUCCCCAGAGGUCCUCAUCAAAUGCAGGACAUCCCACCUCAGAUGAGAAGAUCCAUGUCGGGGGACAUGGCCAAGGCCAUGGGCGGUCCUAUGGGCAUGCCCCAGCACUUUCCUCCUCGCGGGAUGCCGGUGCAGCAACACAACAUAAUGGGCCAGCCUUUCAUUGAGCUGCGCCACAGAGCUGCAGAGAGCCGCCUCCGCAUGCCACCCUUUGCCCCCGGUGCCAUGCCAGGGGGCAACAUGGACCUAAACAUGCAGGUGCAGCGGCCAACCGGCUUCCCUGGGGGCCCAGAGUUCAGGUUCCCCUCCAACCAGGGUCCCAGGAUGAUGGAUCCCAUGGGCGGUCAGGGGGGCCAUGUCCAGCUGUCCUCCAGCAUGGAGAAUCUGAACCACCAGCAACACAUGCAAGGGAACAACAUGCCCAGGCAGGCCACGUUGAUGAGGUCAAUGAGCCAGCCGGCUUCCAAUGACUCCCACAAUAUGGCGUCAGCAAUGAUGAUGGUUUCGCCCCCUCCUGGCCACAACGAAAGUGUUACUCCCAGUGACGCUGCAGAGGAGAAACUAGACUCGGAGGAAUCGGCCGUUAAGGACUUUGAGGACGUGGAGGUGAAAGACCUGGUCGAUGCCGAUCUGGAGAAUCUCAAUUUAGAUCCGGAAGACGGCAAAGACCUAGACUUGGAGACCAACGACCUCCACCUCGAGGACUUGUUCAGCUCUGGCAAAUUUGACAUCAUCGCCUACACGGACCCGGAUCUCGACGACAUCAAAAAGGACAUGUUCAACGAGGAGCUGGAUCUCAGUGACCCCAUGGAGGACAACAUGGACACCGGCGAUGUCCAGAGGUCUUCUUCUGAGACGAAGAACAACAACAACAGCAGCAGCAGUGGUGCAGAGACAUCGUCGACUUCAACAUCGGUCACCACAAAGUCCGAGCCCUCCUCGGGGCUGAUGCGAUCUGACGUGAAACAGGAGGCUGAAGGGAAUCUGGGCUCCACCUCUUUGGCCGUCGCUCAUGAAAUCAAAACGGAGGGGAAGGACGGGCAGAAGUCCGCGGAGACCAACGACCAGCAAACCAACGGCGAAGCAAUGACUCCCAACCAGCAGGGGGUGCUGUCCGACUCCACCCCGGUGUUGUCCAGUCUGCUCAUAAAGCAGCAGCCCACAGAGCAGUCGUUAAACCAAAUGGCGGACUCCGUCAACCAAGGGGGCAACCUCAUGCCCCAGGCCAACCAAGUCACCGACGCCAAUCAGCACAGCGCCGGCCUCGACAUGGGCCAAACGCUGUCCGACGCCACGGCGGCCGAAGCCUCCAUGGCCGGGUUCGGGAACGACCCUCAGACGGGCAUGGGUCCGGGGCUGGAGCAGAGCACCCUGAGCCAGGCUCAGCAGGUCAUGCUGAACCAGGCCCUGGCCCAGCAGUCGGGCCAGCAGUCGAGACCCCUGCUGCUUGAAGAGCAGCCCCUCCUCCUGCAGGACCUUUUGGACCAGGAGAGGCAGGAGCAACAGCAGCAGAGGCAGAUGCAGGCCAUGAUACGACAGCGCUCCAGUGACUCCUUCUUCCCCAACAUUGGCUCAACCGUCGACGUCUUUGCUGAUUUCGAUGCCAUCACAGACCCCAUCAUGAAGGCUAAAAUGGUGGCCCUGAAAGGCAUCAACAAAGUCAUGGUUCAGAACAACAUGGGAAUGAGUCCAAUCGUCAUGAACAGGUUUCCCCCUGGAGCGGUACCACACUGUCCCGAAGCCGCCCCCAUCCCACCACAGGUGGUCGGACAGGAUGGAAAACUGACCCAGGUAGCCAGGCCGAACCCUCCAAACUUCGGACCGGGCUUCGUCAACACAGCUCAGAGGGCCCAGUACGAGGAGUGGCUGCAGGAGACCCAGCAGCUGCUCCAGAUGCAGCAGAAGUUCCUGGAGGAGAAGAUAGGGGCGCACCGGAAGUCCAAGAAGGCGCUGUCGGCCAAGCAGAGGACCGCGAAGAAGGCUGGCCGGGACUUUCCGGAGGAGGACGCAGAGCAGCUGAAACAUGUCACAGAGCAACAAGGGGUGGUGCAGAAACAACUGGAGCAGAUCCGCAAGCAGCAGAAGGAGCACGCCGAGCUCAUCGAGGAGUACCGGGUCAAACAGCAGCAGAACAACAUGCCCCCGACCAUGGGGCCGGGCCCGCCGGGGCCCAUGCAGGGCCCGGCCGGCAUGGUGCCCGGUGGGCCGCCCAUGGUCCCGCCCACCAUGAACCCCAUGAUGCCCAUGCAGCUCCACCCGGGCCAGCCCAACGCCCCUCCCCGCAUGCCCGGGGGACCGCCCCCCGGCUGGCACCCCGGGGCCCCCAUGGCCGGGCCCGGUAUGCCGCCCAUGAUGCCUCCCCAGGGGCCCAUGGGCAACCAAGGCCAGCCUCAUCCCAUGCCGAUGGUCAACAUGCCGCAGCGGCCUCCUCAGAUGCCCCAGCAGAUGCCUCCUCAGAUGCCCCAGCAGAUGCCUCCUCAGAUGCCCCAGCAGAUGCCUCCUCAGAUGCCCCAGCAGAUGCCCCAGCAGAUGCCCCAGCAGAUGCCCCAGCAGAUGCCCCAACAGAUGCCGCAGCAGAUGCCCCAGCAGAUGCCCCAGCAGAUGCCCCAGCAGAUGCCCCAGCAGAUGCCCCAGCAGAUGCCCCAGGAAGCCCAACCCCCACCAUCCCCGCAGGCGAAGCCAGCUCCUUCCAGCGGGCUCAAGUUUGACGACAACAAUCCGUUCAGCGAGGGCUUCCAGGAGCGGGAGAGGAGGGAACGCCUCCGGGAGCAGCAGGAGCGCCAGCGGGUGCAGCUCAUGCAGGAGGUGGAGCGGCAGAGAGCCCUGAAGCAGCGCAUGGAGAUGGAGCAGCAGGGCAUGAUGGGACCAGAGGGCAACAUGGCACCGCUCUCGCAGAUGCCCUUCUUCAACGCGGAGCUGCCGCAGGACUUCAUGCAGGCGCAGAGGCCCCCGCACCCGCAGCAAAUGGGCCCCAUGUUCCCCCAGCAGCAGCCCAUGCAGCCCGUCAUGGGCUCCCCGCCGGGGGGGUUCAUGCAGGGCGAUAGGCGGGGCAUGAUGACUAACGGCUUGAUGCCACAGGACCACAUGGGACCCGGCUUCGGGCCCGACAACAUGGGGGGGAACUUCCACCAGGGUCCGCCCCGACCGCGCCGCUUCAGCGGCCCCGGGAUGAUGCCCCAGAUGCAAGGCGAGGGUCCCCCGUUCGGCGGGGACAUGUCCACGCCCCUGCCCUCCAACUACCCCGGCUCGGGCCAGUCUUUGAUCCAGCUCUACUCCAACAUCAUCCCCGACGAAAAGGGCAAGAAGAAGAGGAACCGCAAGAAGAAGAAGGACGAGGACGCCGACUCGGUGAAGACGCCCUCCACGCCGCACUCGGACCUCACAGCCCCGCUCACCCCCUGCGUCUCGGACACCUCCUCCACGCCAACCAGGAGCACCCACCCGUUCGGGGACCAGGACCUCUCCCGGUCGCCCAUGAUGGGCUCGGCCACGCCCAGCCACUCGGAGCUAGAGAGGCAGCUCUCCGGGGGCGCGGCGGGCCAGCAGGCGCUCCACGCCGAGGCGGCUCGGGCCCAGGCCCAGGCCCAGGCCCAGGAGCAGGAGAGGAUCCUAAGCAACAUCAAGCUGGAGCAGACGGAGGCCAGCGAGUGGCACGGCCAGCCGGGCUCCGGGAUGGGCUCGGUGAAGGAGGAGGGGAGCAAAGGCGGGGUGUCGCCCUUCGCCGCCGCGCUGAGCCCCGCCAACAACAAGGGCGAGGCGGGCAACGAGCUGCUGAAGCAUCUCCUGAAGAACAAGAACACGCCACCGCCGCCGCCGGGCCUGCCCCACCAGCGCUCCGAGGAGAGCCUGCGCUCGGAGGAGGAAGAGCCCGCAGACUGCAAGGCUCUGCUGCUCAGGCAGAGCUCCAUAGACAGCAACGGGGCGUACUCCGAUGGCCUCCCCGACUUCCCUGGACCCCUGCACACGGAGCAGGAGAAGAAGAAGGAGAAGAAGAAGAGGACGCCGAAGAGCGGGGAGAAGCUGCCGGCGUCGCGCUACAAGAAGAGGAAGAAGGAGGGGGAGGACAGGCAGCUGACACACUCUGGCACCGACAACGUCAUGACACAGAUCAAACAGCAGCUGUCCAUGCUGCCCCUGAUGGAGCCUCUGAUCGGGGUCAACCUGGCCCACUUCGCCCCCUACGGCAGCAGCCAGCUGAACGGGGAGAGCCUGCUCUCGGGGGCCUUCGGCAGCGCCUCGCUGGACGGCGUCUCCGACUACUACUCCCAGCUGGCCUACAAGCAGAGCAACCUGAGCAACCCGCCCACGCCCCCGGCCUCCCUCCCUCCGACCCCGCCUCCAGUCAACCGCCAGAAGAUGAUCAAUGGCUUUGCCACCACAGAGGAGCUGGCCAGCAAGGCCGCUGCCAUGGUGUCUAAAGGACUAGUCCCCAAGCCCCUCCACGUCCAGUUCAGAGCGGAGGAGGACCUGCUGGCCCGGGCCAUCGCCCAGGGCCCCAAGACCGUGGACGUGCCCGCCUCCCUGCCCACCCCCCCUCACAACAACCAGGAGGAGCUCAGCAACAGGGGGCAGGAGCCCGGCAAAGACAGAGACACACCGGACAGCUUCGUGCCGUCGUCGUCACCAGAGAGUGUAGCAGGCGCCGAGAUCAGCCGCUACCCUGACCUGACCCGCGUUAAAGAGGAGCCCCGAUCGCCCUGCCUGUCCCCCAUCCUCUCCAUGCUCCCCCCUCCCCAUGGGAAAGGCACAGAGAUCAAGCUGAGAGACAUCAAGACGGAGCCUUCCGGAGUGUUCUUUGGCGCCCCCUACGGGGCCUUGGGGAACGACUCCAAACAGGGCCUGGUGUCGGUGGCCAUCACUCUGCGGCCGGCAGCUGCAGAGAACAUCACAGGCGUCGUGGCGGCCAUCUCGGACCUGCUGUGCGUCAAGAUCCCCAGCAGCUACCAGGUCAGCAGCACGCCGGAGCGCGGGCCCCUGGCCAUGCUCAGCGGCCUGCGGGUGGGCCCCCACGGAGGCCUCGACACCCGGCCGCCCCCCGUCGCCUUCCAGGCGCGCAUGGACGCCGCCGCGGUCCACCAGCGGCCCCUGGGCCAGAUGAUGAUGAGGCCCAACGGGACGUCACAGGGCGUGAUGCAGCAGAGCCAGCAGCAGCAGCAGCAGCGCUUCCAGCACCACAGCCCGGGCUCGGCUGCAGUCAGAGGAGCAGACAAGAAGAUCCCCGGCAGCCCUGGCUCCAAACCCCAGUGGUGCUGUCACUGCAAGGUGGUGGUGCUGGGAAACGGAGUUCAGAAGUCCCUCAAAGACCUCCCUAACCACAAACGGGAGUCUGACGGAGAGAUGAAGUCGGAAGGAAACUUGGUCUUCUGUAGUCACAGCUGCUUCCUCCUCUUCUCCUCCUCAUCCUCCCAGCCAAGGUCAACCCCUGAAACUAAGGACACGGUAGAGCUCCUGCCGGACACGGAGGAGAAAGAGAGCCUGUCCAAGACCCAGCACCAGUACAGCAACAACAUGUCCACGCUGGACGUCCACUGCCUCGCCCAGCUGCAGCCCAAACAGUCGCCUCCCUCCAGCCCUCCGCCGCCGCCCCUCCCCUUCCUCGGCGCGGGACUCACCCCCAAGACGGAGGCCAAGUCGGACACCAUCAAGGUGACGGUGAAGCUGAAGGCGCGGCCGCGGGCCCACCACCACCACCACGAGGGCGGCUGGCACCAGGGCAAGCGGCAGAAGGGCCUGCGCUGGAGGAAGUGGACCCUGCAGGUGCUUGUGCCCCGGGGCUCGGCGCUGCCCGACGAGGACAAGAUCGACGAGCUGCUGAAGAGACUGGGCGCGUCGCUGCGGCCGCCCGCCGCCCUGCGGGACUCCCGCCGCUGCUGCUUCUGCCACCAGCCGGGCGACGGCGCCACGGACGGGCCGGGGCGGCUGCUCAACCUGGACGCCGACGCCUGGGUGCACCUCAACUGCGCGCUGUGGUCGAGCGAGGUGUACGAGACGCAAGCGGGCGCGCUCAUCAACGUGGAGCCGGCGCUGCGGCGGGGCCAGGCGUCGCGCUGCGCCUUCUGCCAGCGCACGGGCGCCACCGGCGGCUGCCACCGGCUGCGCUGCGCCAACGUCUACCACUUCCCCUGCGCGCUGCAGGCCCACUGCACCUUCUACAAGGACAAGACCAUGCUGUGCCACGCCCACCGGCCGCGCGGCGCCGCCGCCGCCGGGGGCCACGCCGCGGAGCACGAGCUGCGCUGCUUCGCCGUGUUCCGCCGCGUGUACGUGCAGCGGGACGAGGCGCGGCAGAUCGCCUCGGCGGUGCGGCGGCCCGAGCUGGGCUACACCUUCCGCGUGGGCAGCCUGGUGCUGCACGCCAUGGGCCAGCUGACGCCGCCGCAGAUGGCCGCCUUCCACUCGCCCACCGCCAUCUUCCCCGCCGGCUACGAGGCCUGCCGCAUCUACUGGAGCAUGCGCCACGGCAACCGGCGCUGCCGCUACGUGUGCUCGGUGGAGGAGCGCGAGGACCUGCCCGAGUUCUCCAUCCGCGUGGUGGAGCAGGGCCACGAGGACCUGGUCCUGACCGACGCCAGCCCCAAAGGGGUAUGGGAUAAGGUCCUGGGCCCAGUCGCCGAGCGCAGGACCGAGUCAGACACCCUCAAACUCUUCCCCGUCUACCUGAAAGGAGAGGACCUGUUUGGGCUCACCAUCUCCGCCGUCACCAAAAUCGCCGAAUCGCUGCCAGGAGUGGAAGUCUGUGAGAGGUACUCGUUCCGCUAUGGCCGAAACCCUCUGAUGGAGCUGCCGCUCAAGUUCAACCCCGCUGGCAGCGCCCGGGCCCAGCCUCGGGCCAACAAGCCCAUCACCACCCUGGUCAUCAGGCCACAGCCACAGGCAGUGCCCGCGAGUAGCGCCCGCUCCAACCAGAACGUGGCCCAGGGAGAAGGUGGCGCCCCCCACAGCAAGCCUCCGGUAGUGCACCCUCGCUCCUCCCAGUACCGCUGGAUGAAGAACGAGUGGAGGGCCAACGUCUACCUCGGCCGCUCCCGCGUCCAGGGUCUGGGGCUGUUUGCCGCUAAGGACAUCGAGAAGCAGACCAUGAUGAUCGAGUACAACGGGACCGUGCUCCGCAACGAGGUGGCCAUCAGCAAGGAGAAGAUCUACCGGUCUCAGAAUCGAGGAGUGUUCAUGUUCCGCAUCGACAGCGAGCAUGUGGUGGACGCCACCCGGAGCGGAGGUCUGGCCAGAUACAUCAACCACUCUUGCGCUCCCAACUGCGUGGCCGAGGUGGUGACCUUCGAACGAGGCUACAAAAUCAUCAUCAGCUGUAACCGGAGGAUAGAGAAAGGGGAGGAGCUGUGCUUUGACUACCAGUUUGACGCUGCCGAGGGCCAGCCCAAGAUCGCCUGCCUGUGUGGCGCCAGCGAGUGCAGGAAGUGGAUCAACUGAAGUUGGGAGAUUGUGUUACAAAGGCGGCGGCGGCAGAGGGCGCGUUCCUUUUUGCCCCGCGCGCCCGCGUGCGUCCUAAAAACCCUCACUAAGAAAAUAGCAUCUCACCGUCUCACUAUCUCACUAACGGCAUUAGUACGACCUUUUAGUAUUUUUCUUUUGGUUUCAUCUCCAAGUGAGCGGGAAGGUCUGAGGCUUUGUUUCAGGAGUGGCGUCCCGCGUCGGCCAAUGAGGAAAGGAGGCUUGUUAGGAAUGAGAAACAGGAGGAAGUAGCAAGACGCGACUAGUGCCAUGUCUAUCUGUAGAUAUAUACAUCUAUAUGUAUAUCUUUAUGUAUAUCUAUACAUAGAUAUGGGAGGCACUGUGGUGUCGGAGGUCCUCCGUCUGUCUCUGUAUCCAUGUGUUUUGUUUUGGUAUACAUAAGGCGCGAAAUCCACCAGCCAAUGAGAGCACUGUGCGGGGGUGCGGCCUUAUUGCUUCUCACUAUAAGGGCGGGCCCUUUUUUGUUUCAUACUGUUAAUGUAUACCCUGACUAAAUGUAGACAUCACUGAAUGAGGAAUGUACAGCAAUGAAUACCACGAAGGGAAUAUUAACUUGCACUAAAAAGACAAAAAACCACACACAAAACAACAACAAAAAAACUUUAAAAAAACGAACGAAAAACAACAACAACACACAAAGAACUUUGAAGAUACUUGAUUCCAUGAGUCAGUUUUAUCCUAGGUUUCUGUCGUGAUCUGUGUGGAUUUAGAGAGAGGACGUUUUGUAUUUAUUAGAGUGAAUGAAUUUUAUUCAUGAGAUGAGUUAAAGAAGGCUAGACCGCUUAUUGUUUUGAAGAUUGAAGACAUGCUGUUACUUUUGUAAAAAGAAAAAGAAAAAAAAAGAAAUGUACAUAAAGAAAACUAUAGGAAUAACCGACCAAAUACUACCUUAACCUUCUCGAUGUUUGGGUGUUUUUAAAUUGUUUUUGUUUGUUGUUGAAAUUUAUUUAAGAUGGACAUUUUGAUUUCAGUUUGAGAGUAUAUAUUAUGAAUAUUCUGUACAGAAUUUGUAAAAUAACCACAAUUCACAAAGUAUUUUUGUUGUAUUAAAAGUAAGGUAUUGUAGCGUAGUGUUUUGUGACUUACACGUACUUUGACCACUCGAAAAGAAAUAUUUUUGUUGAAUAAUGUGGUAAUGAAUUAUGGAUUACAGAAUCAAGUGAACUCUUCGAUUUAGUAAGAGAUCCUUCUGAUCUGUUUGCUGUUAUUCAGGUUUGAUUUAAGGAAGAAAAAAAACUGUGAAUUAGGUUUUAACUACCCAAAAACAACUUUUAACUUUUUAACACGAAUACAGUAGGCAUAGGAACACAAUUGUGUUUUUCACCUGAUUUUGUUUGUUUCUACAUUCGGGGAGAAGAAUGAGGUGAAUCGUCUAAUGUCGCGAGUUAGACAAGAUUUUAACAGUUUAAUGUUGAACAGUGAAUAAACCCAGGGGGGGAGAUGCUAUUUGGAACGGAAGGUGGUGCUACCUUUUUCAGAGAUGGCAUUCCCCUUAAUCAGAAAUGCUUCUUAUACUUCACAAGUCACCUGUCGCUUAGAAAUGGAAGUUUUUGCGUGCACAAUUUCAAGUCGACUGUAAAAUUUUGGAGACAGUCUUAGAACUUGUAAUGUAUAUGGCAUGUAUUUUUUUAACUUUCUCAAGACUCAAUUGUAUAUAUUUUCUCAAUGAAUGGUUGUAACAAAAUUGUUCCCUGGAUAUUUUUCUUCUCUUGUAUAUUACAUCAUCCUGCCUGUCUGUGCUACAUUUUUCUUGGUCCUGUAAAGUAGUCUGAAUUUUUUUUCUUUUUGAAAAAUGCCUUUUGAAGUGUACAGAGUAAUAUGAGGUUUGGAGUUUGUGGAAUUUAGAAACAUUUACAAAAAUAAAACUAUUUUACAUCCUA